AUGGCCGCUGUCGAGGACACUCCCGUCGCCCGACGGCUCCGCCACGUCAAGCACAUCAUCAUCGUCUGCUCGGGCAAAGGCGGUGUCGGCAAGUCUUCCGUCUCGACGCAGCUCGCGCUCUCCCUCCGCGCGUCCUCACCCACCGCGCGCGUCGGCGUACUCGACGUCGACCUCACGGGGCCCUCUAUUCCGCGCAUGCUGGGGCUCGACGGGCACCCGGUGCAUCAGAGCAGCGACGGGUGGGUGCCCGUCUACGCGGAUGGGAGCGCGGCGCGGCUCGCGUGCAUGAGCGUGGGCUUCCUGCUGAAGCGCAAGGAGGACUCGGUAGUGUGGAGGGGCCCGAAGAAGAACGCGAUGAUCAGGCAGUUUCUGAGCGACGUGCGGUGGGGAGACCUCGAUUAUCUCGUCAUCGACACACCGCCUGGCACCUCUGACGAGCAUCUGUCGCUCGUGGAACACAUGGCCCCUGUGCACUCUCGGAUAUCGGCCGUUAUCGUAACGACGCCCCAGGCCGUCGCCCUACUGGAUGCUAUGAAGUGUCUCUCCUUCACUCGCACUACUUCUAUACCUCUACUCGGGCUCAUUGAGAACAUGAGUGGAUACGUCUGCCCAUGCUGUGGCGAGAUCAGCAACGUCUUCUCCACAGGAGGGGGGAAGGAGAUGGCAAGGCGCGAGGGCUUAACCUUCCUCGGUAGUCUGCCCGUUGACACCGAGCUCGUCUCUCUACUGGAUGCCACGCAAACUGAGGACACAGCAUCUGCGGAGGAUAUCGCAGAUUCAGGCAGCCAUCAAUCAUUUGAGCUGUUGUAUCGCUACCAGAAAACGUCUACGGCGCCGCUGUUCAAGGCCAUCACAGACAAAAUCUUACAAACAUUUUCAAAUGAAGAAUACGCAGGGGACAUGGGUGUCAUCGAUAUUCAUAGCUAG